AUGUCAAUCCUCCAGAAAGCUAUUGAUUUGGCCACAAAAGCCACAGAUGAGGAUAAAACCAAGAAUUACCGGGAGGCGCUCCGGCUCUACCUGCGUGCGGUGGAGUGUUUUCUACAAGCGCUUAGAAAUGAGGUUCAGGGCGACAAGGCCAAGGAGAGCGUUCGAGCCAAGUGCAAGGCGUACCUAGACCGCGCCCAGGAGCUGAAGGGCCAUCUGCAGGGCAAGAAGCCAGCCACAGAGAAUCAGAGUGAGAGCAAGGGCAGUGACAGUGACCGCGAAGGGGAUAACCCAGAGGACAAGAGAUGGCCAGGACAACUGAUGGGUGCCGUCACGGUGGAGAAGCCCAACAUCCGGUGGAGUGAUGUGGCCGGGCUGGAGCUGGCCAAGGAGGCCCUCAUCGAAGCUGCCCUUCUGCCAGUGAAAUUCCCACACUUGUUCACAGGCAAGAGGGCCCCUUGGCGAGGGGUCCUGCUCUUCGGACCCCCUGGCACCGGGAAGUCCUACCUGGCCAAGGCAUUGGCGACAGAGGCCAACCACUCCACCUUCUUCUCCGUGUCCCCCUCAGACUUGGUGUCUAAGUGCUUGGGGGAGAGGGAUAAAACCAAGCUAGUCAGGAACCUGUUUGAGCUGGCCAGGCAGCACAAGCCUUCCAUAAUCUUCGUCGAUGAGGUGGAUACCCUCUGCGGCUCCCGAGACGAAAAUGAGAGCGAGGCUGCCCGAAGGACCAGAGCGGAGUUCUUGGCCCAGAUGCAGGGCGUGGGCAGUAACAAGGACGGGAUUCUGGUUCUCGGCGCCACAAGCAGGCCGUGGGCGUUGGGUCCAGCUGGUAGGAGGAGCUUUGAAAGGAGGAUUCACAUCCCAUUGCCCGAGGAGGCUGCCCGUUCCCAGAUGUUCCGGUCGCAUCUGGGCAGCACUCCACACAGCCUCACGGAUGCCGACGUCCAGGAGCUGGCCCGGAGGACAGAGGGCUACUCGGGCGCAGACAUCGGCAUCCUGGUGCGGGACUCCCUCAUGCAGCCCCUGAGAAAAGUGCAGUCGGCAACGCACUUCAGAAAGGUCUCCGGCCCUUCCCGCACCAACCCUGACAUGAUGGCUUAUGACCUCCUGACCCCAUGCUCUCCAGGGGACCCAGGGGCCAUGGCCAUGACUUGCCGGGAUGUCCCCAGUGACAGACUCCUAGAGCCUGUGGUCUGCAUGUCGGACAUGCUCCGGUCUCUGGCCACCACCCGGCCCACCGUGAGUGCAGAUGACCUCCUGAAAGUGAAGAAGUUCUCAGAGGGCUUUGGGCAGGACAGUUAA